AUGUCUUUGAUACGGGUUAAAUAUGUGACGACACAACAAGCGUAUCUCUUCCCUCAAAUUAGUAGAUCAAUACAUGGCACUAGCACCAACUUAGGUUCUAACGUUAAGGCAAAGCUUGAUGAACUUAGAAAACAUGACGUUGUACUUAGAAAAACUUCCAAAGAUUUGAGUAGACUAGAAAAGCAGCGGAGUGUCCAGACUAAGAAGAAACUGAAAACAGCAUAUUCCAAGCCAAUAGCAUACAAAAAGAUAAAGAAGUAUAAUUUAGAAUCUGACUUGGUAACAACAGGAUCUACACCUAAUUUAGGACCCACAAGUGAUGAUAAUUUGCAGGUAUUGGCAAAGACUAAUGAUAAAAGGUUGAUAUAUACAGUACUUGGUAUUACCGGUGAACAACUGCGAGAUUCUGUGCUUGUAAGCAAUGAUGUUGCAAAAUUUAUUAGAAGAGGUCAGUUAGAAAAGGCGAUAUUUUUGGCAAAAUUGGCAAAACAUAAAGGAGCAGCUGCCAUGAACGUCAUAAUGAAACAUUAUCUUGAAGAUCUAAACUCACCCAGAUCGGCUUUGCAAAUAUAUAAUUGGAGGAAAAAGGUCGAUGUACCACUUAAUGAAUAUUCCAACACAAUUCUGUUUAGUGGUCUAGCCAAGCAAAAGAAACCAUUUUCCAAAACUCUUGGUAUGUCUGUUUAUAACAUUGUGGAUAGACUAAUCAUAGAUAAUAAACUUAAUCAGACUGAGUAUAAUGCUGCUUUGGGUGCAUUAUGUAACUGUGUGGAUGUUUCUUAUGCAUUUAAGUUAUUUCAGAGGAAGCAUUUAGUGAAAGGUAUCCAUUACGAUGCUAUUUCUAUGAUGUGGAUGGUUAGGACAUCUUCUAAAGUUAGAACAAGUUCAUUAUUCACAGAAGUAUUUAAUGAGUUGGUAUCAUUAAUAAACAAAAACCAAGUUGAUGAUAAACUUCUUUUCGAAAUUUGUAAGACGCUUCACAAUAAGGAUAAAUAUAACUCAUCACUAUUAAUGGCUGUGAAUAAAUAUUUUGAGAUACCAGCGAGUGAUGCUUGGAAUAAUGCAUUGAAACGUACUUCUUCUUUAUCCGGAGAUUUAAAAUUACCAGAACUUGAAAAAUGGAAUAUCAAAAGAAGAUUUCCACUUAAUAAGCAUAUAAUUGGUUUGCUUCUUAAAAACUCUGUUAAAACUAGGUCAUAUAACUUGGGGGUUUCUCUAUAUGAAGAAGUCAAAGAGUCAAACGCCAAUUUAAUUGAUAUUGAUAUAUUUCAUUCCUACUUGAACCUGGUCAUAGAAUCCUCAUCUGCAGAUUGUGUGGAUAAACUUUUAGAAGCAAUAAAAGAAGCGGAUCAAAAGAAUUUAAAUUAUAUUUCCAAGCAUACUAUUACUUUAGGAUAUAUGGCAUUGAAGAAAGGUGCAAGAAAAGCUAGAUUUAAUACUUCACCUGAGCGCGUGGCUGAUCUAUUCCAGAAAUGUGACAGUUUCGUUUCUCAUUACGAUAGCAAGUAUUCUAAAGAUUUACAAUGUAACGUUUACUCAAGAGAAUCUUGGUUGUAUUUGUUUCAAAUUGUAAGGGAAUUAAAUUCAAAAGAUGGAUUUAUUUUGGAAUCUAAAGAAUUUAUUUUAGAACAAUAUUUAAAGACAGUUCGUGCAGGUGAGUUCGAUACAAAGAAUCUACAGAGUGAGGAUUAUUCAAAGGAAAUAUACCUUCAAUUAGAAGCAGUUAGGUUAUUAAGUAGUAUUGCAGAAGACCUUAAGAUUAAAAAUGAUGAUGAUCUCGAUAUAACUGUUAUGAAAGAUGACAAUUUCUUACGUAGAAGACUUAUAUUACGACUUAAAGGAAGGUUAUUACUUCAUAUAAAGGAGUUAGAGAAUGCAUUACAAAAAGGAACCAAAAUAGAGCCAACGAAUUCCCAAUGGUCUAUAAAACAGCUUGCGACUAGAAUCGCGGAUAAGAAUUACGGGGGCAAUGAAGCUGUAAUCUAUGAAGAGAGAAAUAGUUUAAACACAAAAAAUAACUAA